CGCAGUGCGCGCAGGCGGCGGCCGGAUGGCUGUGCUUGGCGUCUUCGCCGCGGUCCGAGCGGUGCCCGGGCUCUGGCGGCGGGCGACGCGCGGGGCUGCGGGGUUCCGGGGCCCCUGUCCCGGUAGGGGCUACUCUGUGGGCCCCGCUCAGGUGAGGGCCACGCAGAGCCCGCCUACCUUUGGAUUCCUGCUGGACAUCGACGGAGUGCUGGUGCGGGGCCACCAAGUGAUCCCCGCCGCCCUGGAAGCCUUCCGCAGGCUGCUGGACGCCCAGGGGCAGCUGCGGGUGCCCGUGGUCUUCGUCACGAACGCUGGGAACAUCUUACAGCACGACAAAGCCCAGGAGCUGUCGGCCCUGCUGGGCUUCAGGGUGGAGCCAGACCAAGUCAUUCUCUCGCACAGCCCCCUGAAGCUCUUCUCCCAGUUCCACGGGAAGCGGAUGCUGGCCUCAGGGCAGGGGCCCCUGGUGGAAAAUGCCCGGGCACUGGGCUUCGAGAACGUGGUCACUGUGGACGAGCUGCGUAUGGCCUUCCCGACGCUCGACAUGGUGGACCUGCAGCGGCGGCCGAAGACCACGACACUUCCGAGGGACGACUUCCCCGCCAUCGAAGGGGUGCUUCUCCUCGGGGAGCCAGUGCGCUGGGAGACGAGCCUGCAGCUGAUCAUGGAUGUGCUUCUCAGCAACGGGAGCCCCGGGACGGGUCCCGCAACGGCCCCCGACCCCCACCUCCCCGUCCUGGCCAGUAACAUGGACCUCCUCUGGAUGGCGGAGGCCAAGAUGCCCAGGUUCGGCCACGGCACCUUCCUGCUCUGCCUGGAGACCAUCUACCGCAAGGUGACGGGCCGGGAGCUGCGGUACCAGGGCCUGACCGGCAAGCCCAGCGUCCUCACCUACCGGUACGCGGAGGCGCUGAUCCGGCAGCAGGCGGCGCGGCGGGGCUGGGCUGCACCCAUCCGGAACCUGUACGCCGUGGGGGACAACCCCAUGUCCGACGUCUACGGCGCCAACCUGUUCCAUCGGCACCUGCAGACACCCGAGGGCGCGGAGGCGCCGUCGGCCGCGCGGAGCUGCGCGCCCAUCCUGGUUUGCACCGGCGUGUACAGCCCUGCCGCGCCGGGGCCUGCGGAGCCGUCGCCCUUCCACGGGCACCGCGACUUCGGCCUCAGCCCGGGGCUCCUGGAGGCAGCACACGUCGUGAGCGACGUGGACGAGGCCGUGCGGCUGGUCCUCCGCCAGGAGGGCUGGGCUGCGUAGCACGUGGGGCGUGGGGCUGCCGCGGGUCCCGCGCUGGCUCCGGCCUGGGUCCCGGGGCGUCCUGCCCUGCCUGCCUCCGCCGCCGCGCCCCGGGGACACGCUGGGGACUCGGAGGGGACCCGCUCUUUGGCCCGCGGGCAGCGGCCCCGGGUGGUGCCGGGCGCAGAACCGGGAUUCCCGGCGUCCAGGGCUCCUGCCCGGCCCCCGCCCGGCCCCCGCCCGGCCCUGCACCUCAGCGGGGCCCCUGGACUCAGGGCCCGCGCGCAGUAACGCGGAGCCGGCUGCCGGGCCUUCACCCGCACGCAGGGAACCGCUGCGCGCCCUCCAGGCGCAUAGCGGACACUCAGACACUACUUUUUACUGUACUUCAGCUCACUGCCCAGAGACUACUGAGCUU